AUGAUCCCUUUCGGUUUACGGUCGAAUAUUUCUACUUUGCAUUCUGUUGCUUCCCGGCAUACCUGCCAUCGCUUAUCCAAAGCCCGCAAAAAUAUUUCCCAGCCAAUUCGACGUGCUUUUGUUUCUCAUGCUCUCAAUGCCAAGGCUGGCUAUAUCUUACGGAAUGCAGCUACAGUGAGACCUCAACGUUUUCAGCGCUUCUUCCAUGCUUCCAAUGUCGCUCAUGAUAUGACGGAUCCUUACAAGACAUUGGGUGUGUCAAAGACCGCUUCUCCAAAAGAAAUCAAGUCUGCUUACUACAAAUUAGCAAAACAAUAUCAUCCAGAUGCAAAUCCCGAUAAAAGUGCUCAGGAAAAGUUUGUAGACAUUAAGCAAGCUUAUGAGCUUCUACAAGAUCCAGAGAAGAAAAAGGCUUUCGAUACAUAUGGCUCUGGUGCCUUUAAAAAUGGCGAAUUUACGGGUAAUGAUUUUGGAGGCUUUCAAAAUGGUUUUGAAUCAUCAUUUGGAUCUGGCUUCCCUGGUUUCAAUUUUGAAGACUUAUUUUCGUCGUUUACUGGAAGAACAGGACGGGGCAGGCGUGCCAGCCCUUUUGAGGUAUACGUUGGUGAAGAUGCGGAAGUCAGUCUUAACAUCGAUUUUAUGGACGCCGUAAAAGGCGUCAAGAAGGAUGUCGUCUACUCAGUUUCAUCAACGUGUUCUAGCUGUCAUGGAUCCGGUCUUCAAACUGGCGCUCAUCGCAGUACCUGCUUUGCAUGUAAAGGAAGUGGUCACCGUCUUCAUUUCAUCCCCCCUUCCAUGCAUAUGCAAUCUACUUGUGAUGUUUGCGGUGGAAGUGGAACCACUAUCCCUGCUUCAUCUGCUUGUCGUUCAUGCAGCGGCUCUGGCACUGUCCGUGAACGGAAGACUAUCUCGUUAGAUAUUCCUGCUGGUAUCGAUGACAACACCGUAUUACGAGUCGUUGGUGCCGGAAACGAGGCUGCUACUGCAAAGGCUGCUCCUGAUGCGAAAUCUCGUCCUGGAGAUCUUUAUGCCACUGUUCGUGUACGUAAACACAAAUUCUUUAAUCGUCAAGGAAACAACGUUCUGUACACAGCUAAGGUUCCUAUGACUACCGCUGCCUUAGGAGGAACAAUUCGCAUCCCUACUUUGACUGGUGAAGUGGACCUUCGUGUACCUCCUGGUACAGUCUCCGGCGAUCGUAUUACUAUGACUGGUAAAGGCAUCCGCAACGUUUCAGCUAUUGCUCGUUAUGGAAACUUUUACAUAGAUUUUGAGGUGAACACUCCGAAGGCACUGUCUCCCCAUGAACGAAGCUUGUUGGAACAGCUAGCUGAUUCCCUCAAUGAUACUUCGGCACGUAGAAGUACUCCGCGUUCUCCAACCGAGAAUCAAUCCCCUGCAUCUUCUGAUUCACCAAGUAAAGACAAGCCUUCCGAGUCUUUAUCUGAUGAUUCUAAAUCGGAAGGUUCAGUAGGAGGCUUCCUUAAACGGGCAUUCCGUCGUUUACACAAUGAAGACGGAAGCGAAAAUACUUCAAAAAAUUCCAAGUGA